AUGCCUCACGUCGACAUCUUGUUCAACCAGUCGCAGAAGAGAAAUACCGAGCCAGCGCAAGUUAAAACGGCUAUAGAUAAUUUUGAAAAAUGUAUUGUCGAUGUGAGAAAUAAAAUUUAUGACAUAAUAAAUGAAGCCAAAAAUAUUUGCACUGAACCCCAAGGCAACAAAAGGAGACGACGUAAUAAUAGCAGUCACGAUCACCGAGUUGCCGCAUUAGAAGUAUGCGACAAUAUAGUGAAUUCUGCAUACCUUUUUACCCCGAACACUUUGGAGAAUACUGUGACAACCCUUUCUCGGACCUUUAUCAUCAACACUUUAGUACUAUUCCUGCGUGGACUUAAUAGGAAGGCCAUAAGGACCAUAGUGGGCCUCUUAACAGGUUCUUGGGUCUGGCAGAAGAGGCCAUAUGCCAUUUCUACAGAAAGCAUGAGGAAACCGCAGUGCAUCUCUUGA